CCAUCACCACUUCGCUCCUUUCAUCCAAUCCUCCUCUCUCUCUCUCUCUCUCUCUCUCUCUCUCUCUCUCUCUCUCUCUCUAGGGUUUCUCCGAGCUCCCAUGGCCGAAGUCGACGAUUUCGAGGACCGCCGCCGCGGCGCGACGGAGGAGGAGGCCGACCUGACUGCCGUUGAAGUGCUCCUGAGUUUCAAAAACGGCAGGUUGCCCGAUCCGCCUCCGUCGUCGGACGACGACGAGGGGCCGUCAGCGGUGCCUCCGGCGCCGCCACCGGCGCCGCUGGACUGGAGAUCUAAGAGGAAGAGGUCCCGGAAGAUAACGAUGGAGGGGAUACUGGAGGAGGAGGCGUUGGCCAAGGCGAACGGGAAGAUGAGGGCCAGCCCGCCGUCACCACUCGACUAUCGCGGCGGAUCUGGCGCGUCAACGAGCGGCGGUGAGAACGGGCCGAGCUCGCCGGAGGAGUUUGCGGCGGCGAAGCGGCCGAGGCCCGACAAACCCCUCGCCGUGCGCGGUGGCAGUUCUCGUCCAACGAAGGCGGGUGGGAGCGAGCGGCCGCCGCUGGUUUCCAGAGUUCCGGCACGGAAAUCCAUCAGACCUUCGGGGAAGAAAAAGGCGAUCCCGGAGCUCCAGGCUGUGGAGAAAGCGCUUCUGGAACAGAGAGAAAACCUCCAGAAGGAGGUGGAAGCGCAGCGGAAGGAUCACGAGGCGCUUUUGGAGCAGAACCGGAGGCUGAAGCUGUGCUUGGAGUUGCUGAGGAUGAAGCAAACAUCUUCUAUGGUGUUCGUAGAAACCAAGCCGCCUGAAUCAUUCAACCAUAUCGCCCCAUCUUCUGCUGUACAGGGUCACAGAGAUUUUGUCCUACCUGAUCUCAAUGAACCGGUACUGGAUUUAUAGAGGCAGGGCUUUGCUGACUCAUUCAAUAACCCCAACUGUACAUAACAAAGAGCCCGGUGGAGGACAUUAAAAACUGUGACGGUUUGAUAGCUGAUAGAGAGGACAUAGGCAGUUGCUUUAGCAUCUCAAAAGGAGUACCAGAGGAAACUUAUUUGUUUUGUUGGUUAUUUAAUGCCCCCAUGUUUCUGCUGCUAUUUCACAAAUCUAUUAGUUUGAGACGUGUAAUUAAUUUGUCAGUCUAGUCGAAGUAAUCUUGUGAAAACAAUGAAUUGUUUUUUUAUUUCUGAGUCAUAAGGUUUUUGGUAUGCGAUGAAUUAUACAUUCUUCUGUUUUUAUAUGGUUUCAAUUAAAAGAAAUAUCCUUUGCAGGAUCCUUCUUUGA